AUGAGUAUACAGAGUAGGAAGGGACGCUUUGCUGCUGUUCUGGAUGAAAUCAACUUCCAGCCACCAGUCGGGUUUGUCGACGAACUUGCUGCCAAUUAUAAGAGUGCGCUUGAGAUUGUUCUGGAGGCGGAACCGGGAGCGCUCAGUUUGCUCAAGUACUUGAAGCCUAUUAGAAAGGAGGUUUCGAUCAUUUUGGAAGGACCGCAAGGUACGCAGGAGUGGACUAUCGAGAAACUCGGCUUUGAGGUUGAUUUCCUGGCUACGACGAAUUUUUUUGGUGUUUCGGAGGUCGAUGGGCUUUUUGGAAGGAUGUUGGAGAAAUUGAGGCUCGAGGUUGGUUUGCGUGGAUGA